UACAGCAUGUGUUCUGCGAUCAUAGCGUCAACACAGCGUCAAGUUCAACACACGCAGAAGGACGACCCCUCGUAAUUUGAAGGUUUUAAAGCCAUCCAGAUUCAACCAUGGGAAGAAAGGUUACGCUCGCAACGUGUACGCUGAAUCAGUGGGCAAUGGACUUCGAAGGAAACUGCAAACGAAUUCUGAAAAGCAUUGAAAUUGCCAAAUCAAUGGGUGCAAAAUAUCGCCUUGGCCCAGAACUAGAAAUAUGUGGCUAUGGAUGCAACGAUCACUUCUAUGAGUCCGAUACCUGCCUGCAUUCCUUCCAAGUCCUGGCUGAGCUCCUCAAGUCAAAGGUCACUGAGGACAUCAUAUGUGACGUCGGCAUGCCUGUUCUUCACAAAGGUGUCCGCUACAACUCCAGGGUGAUCUUUCUGAACAGGAAAAUACUGUUGAUCAAGCCCAAGACUGACAUGGCCAACUAUGGCAACUACCGUGAGCUGCGAUGGUUCAAGGGUUGGGCCAAGGAACGCGUGGUGGAAGAGUACUUCCUGCCAAGGAUGAUUACAAGGAUUACAAAUCAGACGACAGUUCCCAUUGGAGAUGGUGUUAUUUCCACCCGAGACACAUGCAUCGGGACAGAGGUCUGUGAAGGCCUGUGGACAGCUAAUAGCCCACACAUUGGAAUGUACUUGGACGGAGUUGAGAUUAUCACCAAUGGUAGCGGCAGCCAUCAUGAACUCCGCAAAGGUCACGUGGUUACUGACCUGGUCAAAGCAGCCACAUACAAGUGUGGAGGUAUCUACAUGUAUUCCAAUCUGAGAGGGUGCGAUGGGGAGAGAGUUUACUACGAAGGUGGAUCGCUGAUUAGCAUCAACGGCAGCAUUGUCAAGGGAGAUGAUUUCUCACUCCGAGAUGUGGAUGUCAACGUGGCUACCUUGGACCUUGAAGACGUCCGAGCCUACAAAGCUCAGAUCAGCAGCAACAACCAGUCCUCUGCAAGUGUUCUGAAGUCCUUCCCUCGUAUCAAGGUGGAGUUUGCCCUGUCAGGUGAUGUGGAAUCCUCCCACCGUGUCAGCAAGCCCAUCCCAUGCAUCUUACCCACACCACAGGAGGAGAUAGCCAGAGCCCCAGCCUGCUGGCUGUGGGAUUACCUCCGCCGUAGUGGCCAGGCUGGUUACUUCUUGCCUCUCAGUGGUGGUAUAGACAGCUCAGCCACAGCCUGCAUUGUUGCUUCCAUGUGUCGACUGGUGUGUGCUACAGUCAGUGAUGGAGAUGAGCAGGUGUUGGAAGACGUCCGGCGCAUCACAGCCGACCCCUCCUACCUGCCUACCGACCCACAAGAGCUGGCCGGCAGGAUCUUCUUCACCUGUUACCUAGGCACUGUCAACUCAUCUGUGGAUACGUACACCCGGGCCAAGAACUUGGCUGCCGAGAUAGGAUGUAACCACACAGGCAUCACCAUCGAUUCUGCCGUCAACUCCACUGUCAAUGUCUUCAACAAAGUCAGCGGUAAAGCGCCCCGGUUCCGCACGGAGGGGGGCAGCCCGAGAGAGAACCUAGCCUUACAGAACGUCCAGGCGCGUACCCGCAUGGUGCUAUCCUAUGUCUUCGCUCAACUCAGCCUGUGGGCCAUGGACAAACCGGGGGGUCUGCUUGUACUGGGAUCUGCCAACGUGGAUGAAAGUCUACGUGGGUAUCUGACCAAGUACGAUUGUUCCAGUGCUGACAUCAACCCAAUCGGUGGCAUCAGCAAGAUGGAUCUACGCAGCUUCAUCAAGUAUGCCAUGGAGAACUUCAGUCUGCCGUCACUGAGAGGGAUCAUGGAUGCACCACCAACUGCUGAGUUAGAACCACUCAAGGAGGGACAAGUGGCACAGACAGAUGAGGAGGACAUGGGAAUGACCUAUGCAGAGCUAUCAAUGUACGGUAGAAUGAGGAAGAUUUCCAUGUGUGGACCCUAUAGUAUGUUCUGCAAGCUGGUCUAUGAAUGGAAAGACACCUGUACUCCAUCACAGGUGGCGGAGAAGGUGAAGCAUUUCUUCCGCUGUUACUCCAUCAAUCGGCACAAGAUGACCACGCUGACUCCAGCCUACCAUGCCGAGAGCUACGCCACGGAUGAUAACCGAUUCGAUCUGAGGCAGUUUCUGUACAAUACCAAGUGGUCCUGGCAGUUCAAGUGCAUUGAUGAGGAGGUUAAAAGAUUGAACGAGCAGAAAUCCAAAGAGACUAAGGGACAGGAAAAACAAUCGGAUGUCUCCGAUGGACCGUCCAAAGCUGGCGCUACCCCUAACAAGGUCACCCAAGGUCAAAGGGUCACAGCAAGUAACGAAUCACCCCCUGGCAUCCCCAUGGAACCCACUGUGAUUGUGGCAACGGUGACCAGCGAAGCCGGUAGUCCGUCCGACGAUUCUUCCACUAGCAGUCCAACGUCCGCAGAUGACACGGCCGGCUCCCGAACGAGGAGGAAACGCGGCCACGCUGCCAAAUCCCCCGAGAGCUCGCCCCAGGACGACUCCCCUAAGAAGAGGCGGACAACGGAACUCGGCAACGGCAACAACAAUAACGGGAACGGUAGCCAUAGUGACGGGGAACUGUCGCCGUGGAAACGCAUGGGAAACUGGCUGAAACACCAAGUGUCCAAUGGAGAGAAGCAAAGUAGAAGCAGGAAACGCAACACAAAGACCAAAUAAAAAUAAGUGAUCGCAAAGGGUGAACAUAGACAUAACCAGUGCACUGUUCAAGUUGCAUCCCCGUGCUCUUCAAUAAAUUCGAUUUUUUUUUUUAUUAACCC